GCACGCGGCGAUAAAGCCUCCCGUCGCGAACUUCGACUCGACCCAGUGGCCGUCCGUUAGCUCUUUCUCGGGCCCGUGGCCGCGUGCACGCACAAAAAGUGUCAAAUUGCAUCGCCUCGUGUCGGCAAUUCGCGCUGCUGUAUAUUGACUGCUUCGCACGAGCGCGAAUUCGAGGUUAAGCCGCCAAAUCGCACGUCUGUUGUUUCUUCAUUAUACUUGCUCGUUGCGCCGGAGAAAAGUUGUCAGUGUGCGUUUUGCAUUUGGCUGAUCAGUCACGGAAAGGACUCGCAGUCUAGCUUCCCAAAGAGCUCGGUACUUCUCUUUGUUUGACGGUAAAUUCGCAGUUAUUUCGGCCUGAGCUCUACACACCAAAUUCAAUUCAUCACGAUCAUGUCCGACGAAGUUUGUUCAGUCAUGUUGACCUCAAGAAAUUUGAAGAAUGCAUCCGUUCAAGACUACAAAGACUCGCUUAAAACAAAGGCAGAGCAACUGAUUAUUAAAGGAUUCCCAGAAAAAAUUGUUAAACUCAAUGAAAUCCUAGAGACUUCAGGAUUUUGCACUGACGAUUUGAAACAAGUACAUCAAAAUCUGAACGUUCCUAUUCCAGACGCAAUAUCAGUUAAUCAUACUGAUGAUGGACCCGUUACUAAAAAGGCUAAACUUGACAACAGUGUUGAAAUACCCACUGGGACAAAAGUUAUGGUUCUGACAUCAGGCCCAAUUCCUUGUAAUAAGAAUCUUUCUGACUUGAUUGGUAUAGUCAAACCAUACAUUAGGCAACUCUUAGAAGAUUCUAAUCUAUUAAAAAUGUGGAUUUCCUUUAUGAUUCCCAAAAUAGAGGAUGGAAAUAAUUUUGGAGUGUCCAUUCAAGAAGAUACUUUAGCAGAGGUUCAGGCAGUAGAGAGCGAAGCAGCUGCAUUUUUUGAUCAAAUAUCCAGGUACUUCAUUUCAAGAGCUAAAGUUGUGAGCAAAGUGGCAAAAUAUCCUCACAUUGAAGAUUACAGAAGAGCCGUACAAGAAUUAGAUGAAAAAGAAUACAUUAGCUUAUGGCUAGUAAUGUGCGAGAUCCGUAAUCGCUACUGUUCACUUCAUGAUCUCGUUAUCAAAAAUUUGGAAAAAAUCAAGAAACCCCGAUCAUCAAACGCUGAAUCAUUGUACUGAGACCUAUUUUAUUUUGUUACGUGUCGAAGCAGAAAGGACUUCAAUAAAUACUUCGUAAAUACUAAUUGUAAGCAAGAUCAGUGACAGAUUCCUAUCUGUUUUGAAAAUCGUAAAAGUCCUAGGAUCAGUAGAUAAAGAUAUAAUUAUUAUAACACAAGACAAUUUCCGUUUUACUAUCACAACUAAACUUCAGAUAUAACGCGCUUGCAUUGUAUAUAGUAGACUUUUAAUAAAACUUGAUUCUAUUUCCAAACCACAUAAAAUGACUUGAUUAAUCUAACAUAUGUAUGUUGAGAAGUUGCAGUAUAAUGAAAUGAACUACCAUUCAGUCAAAAGCUAAUUGUAGCCGAUUUAGUAGUAUUAAUACUCAAUGAAGUAAUGUAGUACUCAUUUUGAAGUAUUAGUACUCAAAUUUACUAUUUCAGCUAAAAACUUGAUUAUUUAAAACGGGCAUGUAAAAGUUCAUAAGUGGUAUGACGUAUAAGUUACAAUUGUAUUUUUUGUAAAAGACUGUUUUUUUUAUAAAAA